AUGGAGCCCGAGGUCCUCCCAUCGGCUGGGGUUCCGCGGGAAGCUGGCGGGGUUUUCUUCUCCCCGUCCCCCACGUUUCACAAGGAUCCAGCUUCGUCUCUCGGCCUUGAGGAGCGGAGGAUAACAGAUUUACCAACAGAUUUACCGUCCGGCUCAGCGGCAGCAGCGGUGGCUGGCAGCGUGGCCUCCAGCAUGUAUCUCGACGCCAAAUACCACCUUUCCAAAGACAUCAAGUCUCUCCGAGGCCGCGGAACCGUGACGAAGGCCAUCGAUAACGUCGUCAAGACGGACCGCGUGUCGCCCUACUACAUCUUCGAAGAAGCGGUGCAGAAACAUCCUUACGAGGAGGCGAUUUGGACGAGAAAUGGCAGCGUAUCUUGGAAGGUCGCGUACGACCGCGUCAAUCAGUAUGCACAGCUCUUCCUGUCGUACGGCGUCAAGCCAGGACAAUUUGUCGCAUUCUUCAUGCAGAACUCGCCUGACUUCGCCUUCGCUUGGGUGGGACUGCUCGCCAUCGGCGCAGCUCCGGCCAUGAUCAACUACAACCUCACCGGCAAAGCUCUGAUCGGGUGCAUCGAAAUCAGCACUUCCAAACUGAUACUGGUGGACGGAACCCCUGAGGUCGCCGCGAAAUACCAGGAUGUACACACCGAACUCGAUCUGAAGGGUAUCAAGGUGAUCAACUUGGGUGAAGAGAAAGCGCGCGUCUACCAGAUGGACCCGAUGCGGCCCCAUGAUAGCCUUAGGAAGGGAAUGACGCCUGCCGAUCCGAUGGCUCUGUUCUACACCAGCGGAACUACCGGUCUUCCCAAGGCUGUUCCAUUCCCAGCCGCCGCCGCCGCAAGCUUGUCGCUGCAGAACGAUCUUGGGUUUCAUCCGACAAACGGCGACAGCGAGAGAUGCUAUAUAUGCAUGCCGUACUAUCAUGGAACAGGUGGUAUCACAAUGAUAUCGCAGAUUCUUUCCGGAUCGACAGUAUGCAUGGCCCCGAAGUUUAGUGUCUCAACAUUCUGGGACGAUGUCCGCGACUCCCAUGCAACUUGGUUUGUCUACGUGGGCGAGACCCUCCGGUACCUCCUCGCCGCACCACCGUCCCCGCGCGACAAAGAUCACAACAUCCACGCAUGCUUUGGAAAUGGGUGCCGUCCAGACGUGUGGAGGCGUUUCCAAGAACGAUUUGGUAUUGAUACCAUCUGCGAGUUCUACAACAGCACAGAAGGCGCCUUGGGUCUGCGUAACCUGUCUAGGGGUGACUUUUUUGCUAAUGCGAUAGGCCACCAUGGGUUAUUACUCCGUCUGAAAUACAGAAACAUGGUGGUUCCUGUGGCCAUUGAUACGGAAACUGGAGAGGUCCAACGGGAUCCGAAGACAGGACUUGCUAUCCGGAUGCCGUAUGAGGUCGGCGGAGAGAUUCUUGUCGAGCACCCGGGUGAGCGAGCGUUUCCGGGAUACUUCAACAACCCGGAAGCAACCAAUAAGAAGUACGUCAAAGACGUUCUGAAGAAAGGAGACAUCUUCUAUCGCACCGGUGACUCAUUGAGACGGGAUGGCGAAGGGAGAUGGUUCUUCUUGGAUCGUCUCGGUGACACCUACCGCUGGAAGGGUGAGAACGUCUCUACGGCAGAAGUGUCUGAGGUUCUCGGUGAAUACCCAGGCGUCAAUGAAGCGGUCGUGUACGGUGUCUCGCUUCCUGGUCACGACGGGAAGGCAGGGGCGGCAGCACUGGAUAUCGCGCCUGAUAAGAAGGCGUCUUUUGAUUUCGCAGAUUUCCUGAGUUUUUCACGAUCUAGAUUGCCGCGAUACGCCGUCCCGGUCUUCAUCCGACUACUCAACGAGAGCCAAGCCAGUCACAACAACAAACAGAACAAGGUGCCCUUGAAGAACCAAGGGGUUGACCCAAGCAAAAUUGAGGGCGGCGAUCAACUUCUCUGGAUUGAGAAGCAUGGCAAGGGAAAAACCUAUGUACCGUUCACUCAGGCAGACUGGGAUAACCUCGGACAAGGCAGGGCGAAGUUGUAA